AUGAUCAUCAACCAACUUAUCGAGACUUUGAGUGAUCAAGCAGUAGUUUCAACAUUAACCCCUUCCAGCAUAAUUGUAUAUGACAAAAACGAGUUGAAAGUCUAUGUCGGGUUUACAAAUAACCGAGAAAGUGUUGAAUACACCAAAGAAGUUAUUCUACUCUUAUCGACAGUAAUUCCAACGAAAACAGAAAUUCGCGAAAUAAUUGCAUCGAAAAAUGGAGACUACGUCAUUCUCGAAGGUCCUCGAAGCAUUUUCGUUGUCAGGAUUGGUACGGAGAUCCUUUUCACAAAGCCGGAUCGUUUGCCAUCUGAAUGUUUCUGCGAAUGCUACUCUCUGCACGAUAGCUUGCUACUACAGAAUUCAGCACUCUCGGUUGUAAAAGUUAGGGUUUUGGGAGAAAAGUGUGAUGAAAAAACAAUUAUUGCGGCAGUUCUUUUCUCCGACAACUGUAUCAGAUUCUACAAUCUCCAGAAAAAGUUUGAUUCCUUACUUUUGGGUGUUGACUUCCGGAAUUAUCUUCAUCAAGGUGGAGACGAAAACAUCGCAAACAACACUUUCGGUCUUCAGAAAGCCCUAGUUUCUUUUGAUAUGAUCCCUCCUCAACCAAAAUCUUCUCAUUUUUCAUUGAUUGCCAUUGAUUCGGAUGCGGAGUUCUACGGAUCGUUCAUUCAUUUCUCUUGUUUCAAAGAAGGAGUUUCUCCACGAAUUCAUCGACUUGAAGUCAUUGAUGGAAUUCCUUGUGAUCCAAUUGAUCUUCAAUAUAUCACUACUUCGAAUCCAAGAAUAACUUCAAUUUUCAUUUUAGUGUCUGGAGGAGGAAUUCUCAGUCAUCUUAUUGUGUUUCCGAACGAAUUUGGAGAGUUUCAAUUGCUCGUUAACGACCAACUUCGACUUCCUCUAUCAGCUGGCGAUCCUAAAAUUGUGAGAAAUCAGAUCAAAAAAUUGAACGUGAAUAGAUACGAAAUUGCCACAUCAUCUUGCUUAUAUUCCGUCAACAUAUCGCCAUGGUUCGACUCGUUGACAUCAGGCUCGACAGCUCCAAAAACAAAUCAAGACAGUCGAGUGUUUGAGCUAGUCAACGCUCUUAUCUCACAAGACGAGCUCAGAGAAACGAAAAAAUGGACAGGUGCUCGCGCACUUCGUGCGAUUGCGGUCAAGUUGUCAGCUGGUUUGGAGGCGGAUGAAACUGAAGAUGAACCAUCGGCAGAUUCAGAAGACGUGAUGCAUCUCGUGAUUAUCGAAAAUAGAAAUGGACAACCUGCUCAUGUUUUCAACAUCGCAACAUUUGAUAGUAACACUUGGAAUAUCAAGACAACACGAGAUAUAGAGAAACAUUUGAAUUCUGGUACAACAUCCAACCAGGUUCACACUUUAGAACAACAGCUCGCCGAUCUGAAACCACUCGCUGCUUGUGUAAUCUCUGACAAAGUUUCUUGUGAAGACGCGAUAGAUGCAGCACUCAAGUUCUUCGAAGCAGUUGAUGAACGACUAAAGAAACAUUCUGAAUUGGCGCAAGCCUUUGUAGAUAGAACUCUGGCUCUCACAACCAGUGCACAUAAUCUUGUCGAGAAGCAGGAACAACUUGAUGCACGUUUAGGAGACGAGAGUGAAGUAAUUGAGGUGCUGAAAACUCGUCUGUAUGCAACGAAGGAGAGGAUGGAAAAGUCAAGAAAAGAUAUCAAUGUUCUCUUCCACCGAGUCGAGGAGAAUGCUCCACUCAGUGACAACGAGAUCCGUAUCUUCGAAAAACUGAAAGAACGUCAAAAAAUGCUCUCCGAUUUGAGCAUAUAUGUCCCGAAGAUGACUCUUGAUACGAAUGAGCUUAAUAGAAUGACGGAAGUUCUAUUGAAAAAACGAAAUUCCGGAGAGGACACUAACAAGUUUUCUGCCGUGGAGAGAAACGCUGCUGAAAUCGACAACUUGGAAUCCCGGGAAAGAACAUUACAGGAAGAUAUUGCACAACUCACUGUCUGA